AUGUCGAGCAACGACCAGACUGUUCGCAGGCUGCUGCCGCAGAGCUCCAACUCCCAGCUGAACUCGUUCUCCUUCGCGGCGCCGACCUAUCAGCCUCCAAGGGAGACUCAGAAGAAUUAUGUGUUCGUGGAUGAGCAUAACCGUCACAAGCGGUUGAAGGUGAUGAGAGCUUGCGAGGGGUGCAGAAGACGGAAGAUCAAGUGCGAUGCUGCGACGACCAACACUUGGCCCUGCUCGGCCUGUAUCCGGUUGAAGCUGCACUGCGUGCGUCCCAAUGGCCAAUACGAGGGAGCGCAAGCCGAACCGCAAUCCUACGAGCCUUCGCGAUCCGACUUCGACGUUUCGCCCGCCCAGGACAGCUUCAGACAUAUGCCCAUGCAGCCGCCGCCGCCGCCGAUGAUGGCUGGCCAGCCGAAGCCCGGCAUGUAUGCGACCUCCGCUUCCUAUUCCGAGCACCAGGGCGUCUAUUCUCCCAUACCGUACGGUGAACCUCCGCCGCCGGCCCCGCACCAGCUCCAAUACACGACGAUGCCCCCUCAAGUUGGCGUCCUGGAACAGCCGUACGCCCCCGCCAACGUCUUCCCGACACCUCCGAUGCAGCACUCUGCCCAUUCGGAAUCUUCCCCCGAGUCUUACCAUCAGGACCAGUACGGGCAGCAGGACCUCGCAGACAUCCUGGGCGCUCUCAAGGUUGACGAAGCGGGUACAGCUCCGUAUCUGAACAACAAAAUGGCCCUGUAUAACCAGGAAGAGGAGCCUGCCGUCGAGGACGCAGACGACUACAAGAGCGUGUUGCCGCCGAUGUCGUCAGGGCCUGGCCUCAAGAUCCGAAUACCCCCGGAGCUGAUGCCGGAUGAAGGGACGAUUCUGCAUUAUUUCGAUCUCUACUUCGCCAAUGUGCACCCUUACGUUCCGGUCUUAUACAAGCCCCAGUUUUAUCACCAGUGGCACACGAAUCGGGAGUCGAUAUCCCCUCUGUUAUUGGAAGCGAUCUUCGCCGUGGCCGGCCGACUUGCCGACGAACCGGCGCUGGGGCAGCAAUGGAUCGCUCUGGCUUCGAAGCACGCCGAUUCCUUCAUGGACGUACCGCGAUUGAGCACCCUGCAGGCCCUGUUGAUCAUCCUCAAGGCUAGAGAGGCAUCGCCGAAGCGCGGCUACUACUACCGGUCUUGGAUGUCGAUCGUGCAUUGCGUCGCUAUGGCUAAGGAUCUGGGGCUGGAUGAGCAUUUCGACACACACAAAGCCGGCAAGUCGUGUGGUUCGUCUUCGGCCGAGUGCUUGACCAAGAGCCGCAUAUGGCAGACGAUAGCCCUGUGCGAGACUAUGAUUGCCGCACCCCAAGGACGGCAGGACCUCUCGGUAGACCUCGAAACCGUCGACUUCAGCGUCCCGAGAUUGACGGCCGGCACCGACGAGGCCGAGUAUCACGUCUCUCGAAACUUCACGUAUCUGUCCCGUAUCGCCCGCAACCUUAACUGGGUCAAUGCGGUCUACGCCAAGGUCAAGAGGAAGAAGGAUUGGGGCCUCGACCCCGAAUUUGUGCAGCUCAACCCGACGAUAACGGGCUGGGCGAACGAUCUCCCGGCCGAUUUGCGCAUCACCUUUCCGCCAGAUGGAUCGCCCCCGUGGCUCCCGUCGCACUUCAUCGGGAACGCGCACUCGUACUACCACUUGAGCAUCAUCAUCCUCCAUCGACCGCAGUUGACUUUCCUCGAGCCGACGAGCGCCGACGGCAAGUGGAAGUCGCACAUGCUCCUCUGCUACUCGUCGGCUAAAGCCCUCUGCCGGCUCCAGGAGUCGAUGCUGCAAUCCUUCGGUCUCAGCGGGCUCCAAUGCAUGCAGCGAGGCAUCAGCUUCACCAUAUACGCCAUCCUCUCUUGCAUUGUUCUUCAUCUUGUCGCGCUGACGUCGCCGGACCCGGACCUCAACUCGGACGCGCGGGACUACUUCACCAGGCACAUGAGGAUACUGGAGAAGACGAUGCAUUCCUGGCCGCUGCCGGAGAUGCUGAAGCAGAUCGAUGCAGUGCGGGAGGCGUUCUCGGCUGACAUCAGGAAACCGUUUGUGCUCAAACCGAGCUUCCCGUACGGGAGCCCGCAUCCCAGCAACCACUCGAGCCCGCCCAUCAGCAACACUUUCAAGCCGCCCAUGCUCCAGACCAGCGGACUGGACCCGAACAUGGACCCCCAGGCCGGUCAACAUUCGCAUGUUAGUUAUGCCAACCAUCCUAUCACACCAAUCUCUACUGGCUCCGCGGAUAGUAAAAGUGACUCUCCUUCUGCACAGUCACUCUCCCUGAUGAAUCCCGCCCAGAACGCGCACGCUCCCGCGCUUCCCGGCGGGAUGACCCUGGGAGAUAGCUCGGCAUGGAAUCCGUCCCGCCUGUUUGACCAAUGGAACACGACGUUUGGUACGCAGCAGCUCCAGUCUCAGCCAGUUUCGGUGGCCCCACAGUCCAGUUCUCUAAGUGUUCCCUCAUCUUCAGGUGCCCCCGAAGUCCCGACUCCGCAAGACAUUCAGAUCGCCAGCGCAUCUCUACCGGGCGCGGCGCAGCCUCUGCCGCAUCAGCAGUACUCGGCUCCUCCUGUGCAAGCCUUUGUCACGCCGGCCAUGUGGCAAGAGUCGGUUGCCAGCGUCUACGAAGGGGGCCUCAAACGACAUUGGGAUUACGACACCGCCACUUCCAUAAUAGAGCCCAUGAACAAGCGCCGCUGA